AUGGCUUCCUCGCAAGCUCUCCCUCCUCUGCCGCUCCCGAACUGGGCUGUCGAGCUCAACUCCCCGCCCCCCAAGUCGCGCUCAGCAAACAGCAUCCCCGACCCCCCGGGCUUCUCCCGCAAGGCCGGCGGCAAAGGCCGCUCCGAAAAAUCCACCCCCGCGGCCCCGUCGAAGCCCGUCGAAACCGACACACUGAAGCUCAAAAAAGCCUGGGAAGUCGCCCUGGCUCCAUCAAAGCAAGUCCCUAUGAAUGCGAUCAUGAUGUACAUGUCCGGAAACAGCCUGCAAAUCUUCAGCAUUAUGAUGGUGUUCAUGCUGUUCAAGGGCCCCAUCCAAGGCCUGAUCAACACCAACAGCGUGUUUGCGAAGUUUGAAUCGGAGACGCUGCGGGCCAAGAUGCUGUUCGUCAAGGUUGUAUACGUGCUCAUGCAGUUUCUGCUGCUGGCGUUGGGAGUGUGGAAGGUUAAUGCUAUGGGACUUUUGCCGACUACGAGAUCGGAUUGGCUGGCUUGGGAGUCGGAGCGGCAACCGUUGGAAACUGUUCACUUUGCUUUCGGCUGA